CACGUCUACUUGUCCCUGACGUAUUCCAUAAUGGCGGUGCCCUUGUUACAAUGGGGACUGUUGUUGAUCACUUGUUAGCCAACUUAUUAUAAACAUUUGCAGAUUAUUGAUCUAAUUGUCAGUCUUCAGUCGUUUACACCAAAGGCUACAUGUUAAAGUCCAGUGCAGCGGGUCCAUCCACCGUUGCCUCUCCCCAGCAAAUGAAGGAAUCCAAGGAUAUCUCGUCAAUGGCUGGCCAAACAUUUCUGGACCACAUCAAGCCAUGCUGGUACUGGGACAAGAAGGACUUGGCCCACACCCCUUCUCAGUCAGAAGGCCUGGAUCCUGGCACAGAGGCCCGCUAUCGGAGAGAGGGGGCCCGCUUUAUAUUUGAUGUGGGAACCCGACUUGGCUUACACUACGAUACUCUGGCAACCGGCAUCAUAUACUUCCACCGUUUCUACAUGUUUCACUCCUUCAAGCAGUUCCCUAGAUAUGUGACUGGUGCCUGCUGUCUUUUCCUGGCAGGGAAAGUGGAGGAAACCCCAAAGAAAUGUAAGGACAUCAUCAAAACAGCCCGCAGCUUACUGAAUGACGUGCAGUUUGCCCAGUUUGGAGAUGACCCUAAGGAGGAGGUAAUGGUUUUGGAGAGGAUCUUGCUCCAGACUAUCAAGUUUGACCUGCAGGUGGAGCACCCUUACAUGUUCCUGCUGCGCUACGUCAAGCAGCUCAAAGGUGAGAAGAAUAAAGUGUGCAAGGUGCUACAGAUGGCCUGGACCUUUGUCAAUGACAGCCUGUGCACCAUGCUGUCCCUUCAGUGGGAGCCGGAGAUCAUAGCGGUGGCUGUCAUGUACCUGGCUGGCCGCCUCUGUAAGUUUGACAUCCAGGAGUGGACUGCCAAACAGUCGUCCCGCCGCUGGUGGGAGCAGUUUGUCCAGGACGUCCCAGUCGAGCUGCUUGAAGACAUCUGCCACCAGAUCCUGGACCUGUACUCCCAGGGCAACAAGCCCAUUCCCCAGCAGAUGCAGGAGAAGGAGAGGGCCGCUGCACCUCAGCCCCCAGCUCCCCCAAUCCCACAGAGCCAACCUUCAGGCACCAACCCUCCUCCCCCACCACCAAAAAAGACUUCUCCUCAGGGUGGCAGCCCCCCACGCCAGCUCAAACGUUCACAUGCAUCUCCAAAAGAUGAACCAAAGGCUCCAGAACAAGUUGGCUCAAAGAUUCCUCGACUGGAGAGCCCCAUGCCCCCUCUGCCCACAUCGCAGCCUCCCCCUGACCGCAAAGCCCCCGCUCCAGCGCCGCCCUCGGAUGCAGAGCCAGGAAGCGAGUCUGCCCCGCCGCCUCCCCACGCCCCUCCUCCCCACCAGCCCCCUCCCCUCCCCCACCGCCCCCCUCCGCCCCCGCCCUCCAACUACAUCAUGUCCACCAGCAGCUCCUACAUGUCCGGAGAGGGUUACCAGAGCCUGCAGUCCAUGAUGAAGACCGAGGGGCCCUCGUACGCCCCCAUGCCACCCAGCUACGGACCCCCUAUGCCGCCCUAUCACCCUCACGUCUACCCACCACCCACUGCCCCACCCCCAGGCCCCCCGCCUCCUCCAUCCACCUACCCGCCACCCAGCUUGGCCCCUGCCUAUCCACCACCUGGCUACAACCACACUUAUCCCCCUCCGCCUCCUCCACGCAUGCCACCGGGCCACGUUCCCCCUCCAGGGAUGGGUCUCCCGCCCGCCGGGUACCCUCCUCCACCCCCAGUGCCCCCAGGACAGUCACAGGUGCCCCUGCCGCCGCCACCUGGCAUGCCCAUGAACCGGGGUGGCUGGAUGAGAUGAAACAAAGAGUGAGAGAGAGAGAGAGAGAGAGAAUGAACUGAAGAGAUAGUGUGAGCACAGUGUAGGAGCUGAGGCUGUGCAGAGCCUCCACUGGGGAUGUGAAGCUCUCUGGAAAGUGAAACCUGAUCAGGCAGAGAACUUGACUUAUUCUGAGACAAACAAAUGAUGAGAGCUUGCUCACCUCCAGUGCAACUUAUGUUAAAAAGGUGCUGGGAGUCUGAAUGGAGGCCCAUCAAACAGACUUUGAAAGUAAAUCGAGGUCUGGGUAGUUUUGUUAGGAGAAGCAGAACUGGUGCUGUGAGAAUAUUAUCUGGUCUUUUUUUUUUUUUUUUUUAACGGCCAAAACAUGGUACACCACACUUAGUUCUGGGAUCCUGUAACAACACUGUCCACUUACUGGAAACAGAAAGGAAAUAUUACCCAUCAGAGAUUUAUGCCCCCAAAUUGUUUUUCUUUCUGUACUGUCAUUCAUCAGUUUUUCAUCCACUGAAGGAGCAUGAAAUGUUACCUUUUCAAUCUUAAGUAAAUGUUUGGGGGCUUUUGGAUUUUUUUCCUUAGUUGAAAUUCCUGUCUUUAAGCCUACUUACAUUUCUUACUUUUUCCUGUUAUUGAAAUCAUUUCCGUACAUUGGUUUGCCUGGAAUCCCUGUCAUCCUGGUAUCUCCUGACCCUGGAAUUUGUUUGCUGCCUCUAAAAGAGAAUUUCUUGCAUUUUCUCGACAUUCCCACUGCUUCCAUUUCAGGGGAAGGAAUGGCAGAUAAUGAAUUCUUGAACAUGAACAUGCACAGUCACAUAUGAAAAGGUGUUGGACUGACAGGCUGUCUGAUGUCGCUAAAAACAUGCUGUACAUUGUUUCCUCCUUAGUUUUGAUAGUGCUGUGAAAAUGCUGUGGUCAUGUCACAAGAUGUUUUUUUGUAUCAUUAGACAUUUUACCUUAGAUGCUGUCAUUCCCAGACCUGCUUUUUUCAGUUUUAUUGCUUUGUGUGUUUUCCCUGUCCUGUUUUUUUUCUGAGUGAAUCUGCACUGCAGACAGUAUUACAUGAACUACCAAACAGAAAGCUGUUAUCAAACCGUCUGUAACACUGGACAGUCCAAGGUAUAUUUGUACAUAUCUGAUGUAAUCAUACUGAUGAAUUUUUUUUUUGGAGAGUUUCUAUCCAUAUGUGCCUUAGUCAGGCUUCUCUUUAACAGAUGAAUAUGCAUCCUGCACGCAAAUUUGCUUUGGGGUCUAAGUGGCACUUGGGAUAAUAAAGACCUGCUUUUCCUACUUUGA